AUGGAUCUUGUGAAAUCUAAUCACAGCACACAAAUUCAGCCAGACACAAGUCAGGUACAGAAUAAUGCAACACGGCAAGAAAAAUCAUUAAAAGAUCCUUCCUUCCUUGAAACAAUAACAAAUAUUACACAAAUAAGCGAAAAACAACUGAGCGCUUCUGAACGUAAUAGACGUUUAAUACCUUAUAUGGCAUUCUAUUUACCACCCUCAGACAUACCAAUAAAUCAAGCCUAUGCUAUACAAAGGCCUAAACAGCAUACUUCAAAUUAUCAACUGCCACCAACAGCAGCAGAUAGCGCUGGACCAUUACCGCCACCAGCGAAUAUACCAAUACCAACGGCCUAUAUGCACAUGAAGUUACCAACAGUAGCUACAGCACAACAAACCGAUAUUUCACAGGAUUAUCCCAACGCCGGCGAUGUAUAUCAUAAAAUAGCAUAUGGUUCUGCUCACUAUCCUUUGCCAGCUUCUUUAAAGAACACUGGAAAGAAAAUACCAAUUUUACAUUUGUUACCGCCAGGGCAUUCUGCACCAGCAGCGCCAACUCUCAUUACAUAUAAGCACAACAGCGGUCCACAAAGACAAAAGACAGUACAGUAUUUUCCACCAUUAAACACACAAACCAAAACGCAGCCAAUACAACAAGAACAUCAGCAACUACAAUUGCAACAACAACAACAGCAGCAACAAGACCAUCAAGAGCAACAAAUUUUAUAUCAACCUCCAGUGAAGCAAUCAAAAAUCAAUUUAACACCAUUCACAUCAUCAAAUACAUUGCCAGGACAUUUCAUACCAAUUAUUUAUACGCCAAUGAACAAUGCCAAUAAUAACAACGACAACAACAAAAACCAGCAACAUAAUGGCAACAUAAUCAAUUACAACUACGCUGACAACAAACCAACAAUUGAGGAGUCACCACAAAUUCAACAGGUUGAAAAACAGCCACACUUAGACACGCAUAACCAAGUUGAGCAGCACCAACAACAGCAGCAACAUCUACAAAAUGUAGCUGAACUGGAAUUAUUACAAUCAGCACCAAAACAUUCACCAAAAGCAUCUCAUUCACACUCGCCACCACAGCAGCAACACCAGCAACUUCAGUUUAUCACCGAUACAGGUCUACCAGCACUGACGUCACCUCAACUUCCACAAAGUGGUGUGCAUCAACCAGUUGCAGUAGUUCACCCAACAGCAAAUUCAAUUUAUCAUAUAAUCAAUGAACCCACACAAUCAUUAUCAUCCGUACCGCAGCAUCAAGCUUUAAUAGCCUUAAAACCAUUACAUCAAAAACAACAACAGCAACAACAAAAACCAAAUGCAUUUCGCAUAAAACAACCAUUACUACAUGCCCCAGCUUAUCCACACUUUCAUCCACCGCAGCCUGAAAACUUUUUCAAUAAUGAACAAUCGGAGCAUGCAUCACAUGCAACACCCAUCACUACACAACAGCAACAGGAUUACAAGUACUUAAAUGAUGAAAAUAUGACACCUCAGGAAAAAUAUGUACUCUAUUUACAACAACGUAUGCGUUACAAUAAACAACAACAGCAACAACACCUUAAACAACGUGAACGUGUGAAGGAACGUGAACGUUUACGUGAACAUGACCAAUAUGUGAAACAGUAUUCACAGCAUACACAAGCACAUACGACUGCUGGUCCGCCAACAGAGCAAAUAUUUAUUAUCGCUUCGUCUGCAGCACCUGUUGACGUUGAGCCCAUAGAAAUACAAAAACAACAAGUACAACAUCAACAACAUCAACAACGUCCACUACAACAUAAAUUACAAAAUAAUUAUGCAGCAACGCAUAAUCCUGCAACAUAUCCUGUCAUUGGUACACCACAUCCUUCCUCAAAACUUGCCAUUUCCGCCAAACAACAACAUUAUUCGAAUGCAAAACCUUUAUAUUUGCCAGUACCAAAGUUUUUAAGUGAAUUGGAAGUGGUACGUCAACAACAAGGACACAAAGAAGGACAGAUACAAAAAUUAAGACAACAUUCCUAUAAUGAUGGUCCUUCUCAAUCACCGUAUAUAGACUACAUUAUUGAAGAGCCUAAGCAGUCUUUGGAUGAAGAACAGCACGGCAGCAUACCAACUCAACAACUAAAAAUAACUGCUAAACCUACAUCAGCGCCACCACAAGCAGCGUAUAUAGUCAUCACAACCGCUCUACCACCAGCAACACCAACAUCUGCAGAAUACUAUGGUUCCACUGUACGCCCAGCUUACAAAAAACAACCUACAAUACGUUUACAAGCAGUCGCACAAGAAGAUCAACAGAAAAAUUAUCCAACAAGGCGUCCAACAAUAAUAGCACCACAACUUUCCAAUACAGCAUAUUCCAAUAAACCGAAUUACAACUACGUUUCAAGCACAUCUCGCGUCUUUUCAUUCGCAUUUGUAACUGAUUUAGAGCGAACAAAACCAGACGAAUUGUACAAGUUGUGGGAUCGAAAGUUCUAUAGUGUAAUUAAAGCUGAGCAACAAUAG